UUUUUUUUUGGGUUUAGUAUACAGUAUUCUACUGUUAAAAAGAAGGCUUAAAUAACGAAAAGCCGAGGGGGGUAUUUGAGCAAGCAAAAAACUUUGGUUGUUGAUGAUAGAGAGCUUGAAACGAUUAUAACUGCUUUGCAUUUGUAAAUCCGACCACUCAGUCGGAUCCGACCCGAGACUGUUUCAGUAAAAGAAACAGAAACAAGUCGGAGAUGGAAGAUUUGGAUAAAGCGGUUGUUACAUAUUUAAAGAAAAAGGGAUUUACACAAACUGAACAGAUUUUUCAGCAAGAACAGCAAACGAUUAACAACAACAAUGCUACUGAUGCUUCUCUUUUGGAUCCAGAUCUUACUAAACAAAUCCUCACCUUUUCCCAGUCAGAAAAUAUCCCUGCACUGUACCAGGAUGGGUACAGCAAGUUGAGGGCAUGGACUUAUGGCUCACUAGAUCUGUACAAGCAUGAAUUGCUUCGUGUUCUGUAUCCAGUAUUUAUUCACUGUUUCAUGGAUCUCAUAGCAAAAGGCCAUCUUCAAGAAGCUCGAGCAUUUUUCAGUAGUUUCCGUGAAGAUCAUGAGAUGAUGCAUUCACGUGACCUCAUAAAAUUGGAAGGUGUUCUUUCUCCGUCUCAUCUGGAGGAGAUGGAGUUUGCUCACUCUUUAAGGCAGAGCAAAGUGAGCAUAAAGAUAUGCCAGUAUUCUUACGAGAUUCUUCUGCAAUAUCUACACAAGACACAGUUGAUUACAAUGCUAGGUAUUAUCAAUGAGCAUAUUGAUUUUCAAGUUUCUCCGGGACAGCCUAGCUCAGUUUCUGAUGAUGCUGAAGCCUUUUCACUUGUUGGUAGUGGUCAAGAUGCUGCUAAUUUAAUAAAUCAGAAAGAAAUACAUUGGGGGUUGCUUGAGGAUUCGUUAGAAGAUCGGCUUGAUAAAGCAGGAGGGUUGCUCUCAGAUUCAGAGAAGGCAGACGGAGAUGCCAAGGAAGUGGAGUUGGAUGAGAAUAAGAAGAAAUCUACAGAUGGUGGAAAGCAAGGUGGGCCACUCAAGAAGUUAAAGAAGGAUAAAGUUGCUGGUGGUGCAGGGAAAGGUGCUCGAGGGGAGGGUGACAAGGCAGCUGCUGCACCACGUGUCAAACCUGAGCUUGCAUUACCAACAAUAUCAGCAGACGUUGAGAAUUCAAUUCUGGAAGACCUUCGUAAUCGUGUACAAUUGAGCAGUUCAACACUUCCUUCAGUUUGUUUCUACACAUUUAUCAACACACAUAACGGAUUAAACUGUACAUCUAUAUCCCAUGAUGGAUCAUUAGUUGCUGGAGGAUUCUCAGAUUCAUCUCUCAAGGUUUGGGAUGUUGCAAAACUUGGGCGUAUGGGUAGUUCUAUGCAGAAUGAAAUUGAUCCGGCUCUAAGUGAAAACAAUGUUGGAUCAAAUGGUGGAAAAAGACCUUACACAUUGUAUCAGGGUCAUUCUGGACCUGUUUAUUCCGCUUCAUUUAGUCCAAUGGGGGAUUUUCUUCUAUCAUCUUCAUCAGAUUCAACAAUAAGAUUAUGGAGCACAAAGUUUAAUGCAAACGUUGUCUGCUACAAGGGUCACAAUUACCCUGUAUGGGAUGUGCAGUUUAGUCCAGUUGGGCAUUAUUUUGCAAGUGCAUCUCAUGACAGAACAGCAAGGGUUUGGUCAAUGGAUAGAGUACAGCCCUUAAGGAUACUAGCAGGACAUCUAUCUGAUGUUGAUUGUGUACAGUGGCAUAUGAACUGCAAUUACCUUGCAACUGGAUCCAGUGACAAGACUAUCCGCAUGUGGGAUGUGCAAACUGGGAAUUGCAUGCGGAUUUUCAUUGGUCAUAGAAGUUCAAUCUUAUCAUUGGCGAUGUCACCUGAUGGUAGAUAUCUGGCAUCUGGUGAUGAGGAUGGAACCAUAAUGAUGUGGGAUGUUUCGAAUGGUCGUUGCAUCACUCCUCUCGUGGGCCAUACAUCCUGUGUCUGGUCACUUGCUUUCAGCUGUGAGGGCUCGCUUCUUGCAUCUGGUUCCGCUGAUUCAACUGUCAAGUUAUGGGAUGUAAACGCAAGCGCAAAACAGCCAAAAACAGAAGAAAGUAAAAGUGGUAAUACAAAUAGACUCAGAUCGCUGAAGACUCUACCGACCAAGUCCACCCCAGUUUAUUCUUUACGGUUUUCGCGAAGGAAUCUUCUUUUUGCUGCUGGAGCACUUUCGGCAAAUGUGUAAAAUGGCGAUUUUAGAGGAUCUUAUAUUUAUCUUGUAGUUAAAUCGUAACCAACCUUAAUAGUAGUGAUCAAUGUCGAAUUCCUAACUAGUUACAGCGUAGAAGGUUUUUCAAGUAAAGUGUUUUUUCUCUUUUCUAUUUUAGAAAAAUAGUGGACCCACUAUUAAAAUUGGACAUUUUUCUCCAUCGCUAUAAACCCACGACUUUUUAGUAA